GGCGCAACCCUCACUCCAAUGUCCACCUCUAGAAGCCCUCCAGACUCAAGUUCUCCCUUAUUGAAAACAGCUAACUCCGAAGCCGGGAGCGAUGGCGACACAGCUCAGCUCCUCGCGCCAGGACACACGCCGGAGCUAAAGCGAAACCACACGAAGCUGUACUGUUUCUCUCCUUACCCAACCUCCGCGCAUCUAACACGCACGCUAUAGGUCUAUGCUAGGUCUUGCAUUCGCCAUCUUAAACUCGUGGACGGCAUUAUCUGCUAGCUUAUCGAUCGCUCUCCCGUCCGGGGGCCCAUCAGCGGUGCUGUGGGGGUUGGUCAUUUCGGGUUUGUGCAAUAUUUGCUUAUCGGCGAGUCUGGCCGAAUUUUUGAGUGCUUGGCCGACGUGGGUUUACCCUACCCUUUUUCUGCCUUCCUCGAUGUUGGUACACUAACUGUCAGGGAUAGGGCCGGUGUAAGUUCCUUUUUCAUUAGUCCACUGCGUACCGAAUUGAUUUUCGGGUGUUGAUGGGAUAUGACGGGGGACAGGGGCAAUACCAUUGGGUAGCAGAGAUCUCGCCAAAGGAGUGGGUGCCACUGUUAAGUUGGGUUUGCGGGUGGAUAAAUUGCUCUGGUUGGGUGUUGCUAGUUGCUACCGGUGGGAGCUUGGGAGGACAAGUUAUUGCUGGGCUUUUGGGGUUGAUGCGCCCGGUAUGUGCCCGAGAUUUUCUCCGAACGGGGGGCUAGGGUUCCAGCUAACCGGUGGGAUAGGAUUAUGAAUUGUCGAACUUAGGGACCUUUUGGAUAUAUUCUGCUUUCACUAUUGCUUCGUUCCUAAUCAAUGCGUUUGGGAAUAGAGUUUUGCCGUUAUUCACCAAAAGCGCUUGUGAGUAUUCGUUCUACCUUCGAGUAAGCUCUGGGCGGGGUUGAUCGAGAGUAGUUCUUUGGUCCAUUUCUGGACUUGCUGUUAUCUCGGCAACGCUAUUGGCCACGGCACCGGAGUACCAACCCGCCGAAUUUGUUUUCAAAAAGUUUGUCAACCAGACUGGCUGUAGGUCUAUUGAAUUGUGUUUCCUGGGAUAAUGGUUUAUGAUGCUAACCGACGAUGUUUGCCAGGGCCUGAUGGAGUUGCCUGGCUGAUGGGUGGGUUUCUAGCGAUGGCUAUCGUGAAUUCACAUAAUUAAUAGGGCGUAGGCUUUCUACAGGGAGCGCUCGCACUCACUGGAUACGAUGCUGUCGCUCACAUGAUCGAAGGUAAUGACAUCCCUUUAGGGCGUAGACACGCGCACGGACUGAUUUCCCUGCAGAGAUUCCGAAUCCGACCAAAGAAGGGCCGGUACUAAUGGUGUAUGCUGUGAUGAUUGGUAUGAGUACUGGGUUUGCUUUUCUGACAGUACUGUUAUUUUGCAUGGGAGAUAUCCAAGACGUAAUUAGCGCUGCAGAGGGGUAGGGUCAUUAUUCCUUCUUAGAACACAUCCUGACAGAAUUAUAGGCCUUUAUUAUCAAUCUUUUAUCACGCUACAAGAAACAAAGCCCUUUCAGCGCUCCUUACGAUGUGAGAAAUGAGAUGUCUUUUACCAUUUCACUAUGCUAAAUAUAGGCAGCUUCCCGCUUGGUUGUCUCCUCUUUGCGUCAACAACACUUAUGACAACCUCCUCUCGAAUCCUCUACGCCUUUGCCCGGGACAACGGUCUUCCAUUUUCGGCCGUCUUUGCGACUAUUCAUCCAACAUUACAAGUGCCGCUAAAUUCUCUCCUCCUGACCACAAUUCCAGUCCUGCUUCUCGGUAGCUUAUACCUCAUUUCCACUACAGCCCUAAACGCAAUAUUCUCCACAGCGGUCAUUUCGCUGGCGCUAUCAUAUGGAUUUCCUGUCUUAAUCAACGUCCUAACGGGCCGCAAGCGGCUCCCCGAUGACCGAGACUUCAAGUUACCCGGUAUUGUGGGCUGGGUCUGCAAUCUUGUGGGGUUAGGCUUUGUAGGCGGUUGCACAGUGCUAUUCGUCCUUCCACCACGGCUCCCGGUGACCAGGGAAAACAUGAAUUAUUCCUUUUUGGUAUUUUUGACAAUUGUUGGGAUAUCUACUUUGGCCUAUCAUUUUGAAGGGAAGGGUGUGUUUACUGGGCCUGUGACGGAGAGUCAUCACCACCACCAUCCCAUCGCGCAGAGUGCCGCCGAGGCGGACGCCGAAGGUGGCUGGAGACCAAGAAUGCCGAUCUUGGCGCACGGCGUUGGAGAGGAGGAAGAGGAGGAAGAGGAAAGUGCCGUUACUGUUUGACGCCGAGAUGUUUGAUGGUAGCGAUAGUUCCUAGGCCUUGUAUGUCUAGAGUUCCGCGGUCUUGGGUAGUAUGAGUAGCAGAGAUUUGGAGCUGUAUGGGUACAGAAGUGGUUGUUUUUGGUGUCGGUUUCUGAUACUCUGUCAUGAUAGAUUUGUUUGAGUCAUGCGGUGCUCCACCGUAGGAUGGUGCUUGAUUAUUGAAAAGGAAUAGGAAAAGAAACUGGUGCUAUGCGUCAGUAGAGAAGGAGUAUUCUUUCUAAUUCUAAUAGGUUCUCCUGAACCUCGAUUUCUUUGAUCUCUGAUAUCUCCAAGUACCAGCACUAGAGGACUUCACGUAGGAAUCUAGUAGGGAUUUAGAAUUAUACUUGGCAUAUCUUCGCACUU